UCUGGCAACGUUGGUACGACUACAUCAGAUCUGACAGCUGAUGAGUGACCUCCCCGCGUGAACCGCCGUGACCUGACCACCCUCCCGCCUCAUGGGGACCAGGGGCACCAGCUAGAGGCCGGCGGGGGAAGGUGAGGGGCCGGAACACUCGCCAAUACUUGUCAACCCCUCCAUUGAGUCACCCUGGCAGCCUUGUGAGGGGCACAGGGGAGCGGCGCCCCUGUGUGAGUGCAGGCACCAGGAUGAGUGAGGGGUCAGGGGAGGUGUUCAUCUGGGUGCUUCUCUCUCUGCUGCUGGUCAUCCUUCUGGUGCGCCUCAGCAGACGGCCGCCGCAUUACACCCUGAGGGCCAGGGAUGUGCACAAGGGCCACUCCUGGUGCUCCACUCACUCCAUCAAGCCAAUCUUUUGCAGCAUCUGUGAGACCCUUAUCAAUGUCAGCGAUGGGUCCUUCUGCAACUCAUGUGGGGUGUGUGCAGAUAGCCCCCAGUGCAUGAGAACAUCAGACCGCACACUGCCUUGCAAGGUCAUCACUACACGCUGCACUAAGCAUAAACAUCACUGGGUCAAAGGUAAUCUGCCACUCAAUGUCCAGUGCCACGUGUGUGAGGAGGAGUGUGGCACCGACCCACAUCUGAGUGACUGGUGGUGCUGCUGGUGCCGCUGGUGUGCCCACGAUUCCUGCAUACACAGUGUGACGGAGAUAUGUGACUUUGGUAAGCUGAGGGAGUGCAUUGUCCCACCAAACUGUAUCCGCCUCAAGUACUCACGGAUAAAGCAACACCUGUACAUAAAGGAGGUGCUGAAACCCAAAAUUAGUGGUUGGAGUCCUGUUAUUGUUGUAGGAAACAGCAAAUCAGGCAGUAGUGAGGCAGAUGCAGUGCUUUCCUCCUUCUGCAGUGUGCUGAACCCUGCCCAGGUGAUUGACCUCAACCGUUGUUCACCUGAGGAGGCGCUGGAGUGGUGCCACCUGCUGCCACCUGAUGUCACCUGCCGCGUGGUGGUUGCUGGCGGGGACGGCACUGUUUGUUGGGUGCUCACCUCUAUACUCAAGAUGAAGUUCGAGAAAGACCCUCUGGUGGCUGUUCUUCCGCUGGGUACUGGAAAUGACCUCUCUCGAGUCCUGGGCUUUGGUACGGGACAGUCGGGGGAUGCUGAUGUGGUGGAGUACCUGCAGGAGCUCAACACGGCCCGGCCCGCUUUUCUGGACCGCUGGAGAGUCCACUUCACCCCGGCCAGGAGUCUCAACAUUGGCACUCGGGAGGUCUACAUGUACAACUACCUGAGUGUUGGUGUGGAUGCUCUCGUCACACUCAAUUUUCACCUCGCCCGACAGUCCCCAUUUUACAUCUUCAAGAACCGCCUCAUCAACAAGAUGAUCUACUUCACCUUCGGCACCAAAGACGUCCUGGAGCAUGAGUGCAAAGACCUGGACCAGCGGCUGGAGGUCUUCAUGGAUGGCCAGCGCGUGCCCUUGCCCAGCCUGGAGUCACUGGUGGUGCUGAAUAUUGCCUGCUGGGGAGCGGGAGUCAGACCCUGGACUCUUGGGGCAGGGGGCAGUGAGGCUCCAGAGCAGAACUUCAGCGAUGGUCUGAUGGAGGUUUUCUGCCUUGCCUCGUCUCUACACAUUGCCCAGCUGCAGGUUGGCCUUGGAGAACCCAUCAGAUUGGGACAGUGUUCAUCUCUCAAGUUGUGCCUGAAAGGAGAGGCCCCCAUGCAAGUGGAUGGGGAGCCCUGGAAGCAAACACCAGGAACCAUAACUUUGAGCCACAGCAAACAGGCAUCAGUACUCAUGAGGGAGGACAGCUGAAGGGACAGUAAAUGACAGUAAGUAAGAAAUGUAAGUGAGAAGGUUAUGUUGACUGGGAACCAGAAAGUGGCUGAGAGGAGGAUUAAAUUAGUCAGGCAGCUAAAGAUAAGGAAGAUAACAAAGAUCAGUGUAUGAGAAAACAUACUUCUUGAGGGACAGACAGCACUUUUGGAGAAAAGAAAUUGGAGAGAAAUGUGUGGUCAUUUUAUAAACUUGUACAUAAUCCCAAUUGUCCAUGUUUGACAGCACUUUCAGUCACAUUGUUUAAUGUUCAUCUUUCAACUAUAUGUUUUUGGGCUCAGUCUGACUUGUACAAUUGAACUGAAAUUUAGUAUGCCCUCCUGUAGCCCUAUUUUAAAGUUUCUCAAAAAGAAAAAAGGAGGAGGAUUACAAUAUGCUGCCACUUGCCCCCAGUGUAAGAGCUGAUUAAGAUUCCUUAAGAAACAGCAAAGGAUUUAUGGCAAGAAAGUUACACUUGCCUCCUAACAAAAAAGUAAACAUUUAGUAGUAGUAUUUAUUUAAUGGAGAAACUUAUGUUUCUGGCUGUACCCUGUUCAACAUGCCCCAUUUGCCUUAUAAGCUGGCAAAUACUGUAAAAAGGUACUGACAUCUGUAUUCUAUAUACAGGCUAAGUCAAAACAUGUUACCUAUUGCAAAAGUCUUGUAGUCAACAAUUCAUGAGUGUUGGCUGUAGACUGACAUAUCAUGGUCAUCUUCUGUAGUGCAUUGUUUACCAAUGGAGCAGGAUGGUGUAUUCUAAAGUUCAGCAUGUCUAGCAGUCAUAGGAAUAGGUGAAAAGAUUGAUUUGGGAGAGCUAUUCUGUUGCUCCUGGGCUACAGUAGGACGUUGUUACAGAAGCACUGUGAUGGGAGAGGAACUCACCACCAAAACAAAAAUUAAGUUUUUGUACCUGUUUUCCAUGAUCCCUCUUAUUCUGUACCAAAGAAUUGUGUGGUUACUUUACCUUUCAAUGACAGUAAAUGAAGGAUGAGUGGUCCCAUUUGUUGGAGGACAAAGUUACAACAUAUUACCAUCUGUUACAAGACCAUUUUGCAAUACCCAACAUUUUUUUAAUCGCCCAGGAUUCACAGCUUAAAAAUGUUUUCUUGUCAAUUUUCUAAUGAAUUCUAACUUGGAAGUUUUCCAGAUUCAUACAAGCAUUCAUUGUGGACAUAACGUGAACAUAGUAUAUAAUUCUGUGUUUGUGAUCUGAUUUUUCCAACUAUUUGUAUUAUUGUUUUAAUUGUUAUAUAAUAGUUUAUCAUUAUAUAUACCAGAUUUUUCUGUGUAUAAGAUGCACCUUUGAAAAAAUCAGGGUCUUGAAACCCUCCUGCAUCUUAUACACUGAAGGUAAAAAAAUUCCUACCCUCCAGACCAUUAGAGUCCUGUGUAAGCUGGCGGCACGAUACACUCCACCCGAGUCCACUGCCCGGCUCAUUAGGCUGUGGUGUGGACAGACACCAUGACUCAGUGUCACCACCAGGGCUCUAAUUUUGUCACUCCUAGUGUAAUGAUUUGUGGUAGAGACUAUAAGGCCUUAAGCCCUGGGCUCCACACUGGAGAAUCUGCCUCGCGUCUCGGGAGGCCCGGGUUUAAUCCCCAGGUGAAAUGCUGUUGCCCUGGUCCUGGCACAGGAGGCAGGCACAGAAAAUGGAGGAGAGGAAAGCUUCUGACCAACACUGACAUGAAAAGUAAGGAAGAGUGAAGCAGUGGUGUGUUUAGCAGCAUGGGAGCAGUGUGGUGGUUUGGGGAACAACAUGAUAGUGGUGUGGUGUGUUUAGCAGCAUGUUGCUAUUCACAUCAAUCUUGGAGUCCAUCUGUCAUCUGAUGAGAGGGGCAAAUAAGGGGCAUGGGCACCCACUAAAUAAAAUGGGUUAUUACAGGAGACAAUGGUAGAAAUUUGGAAAUGUUUUUUCCUUUAAAAGAGAGGUGCAUUUUAUUCACUGAAAAAAAGAAAAAAAAUGGUGUGCAUGCUUAUAUGCAUGUGUGCGUGUGUGAAUAUUAGACAAUGGUGUUUUCACUUAUAUACCUUUGUAUAUUGUCAUUCAUUCCAAGUUGUAAUCUUCCAGUAACACUUGAGGAACAUUCCUUAUUCUCACAGUUAGUUCUGUACCUUUCCAUUAUGCAUUUUGUAGGAAAUUGGCAGUGUGUGUGUGUGUGUGUGUGUGUGUGUGUGUGUGUGUGUGUGUGUGUGUGUGCUUAGCCUUUGUUAAAUGAAAACCAGUCUCUUCAAGGAGGUGACAACUUUUCCUGAUUUUUUUUCUCCAGACUCGGUGUCACCAUUAAUGGUCCAAUCAGGUCUAGACCACCUUCUCUGCAUGCAUAAUGUUCAUGCAUAAUCAACAUUGUUAAUAUAUGGAGCCUUUCUGUGAUGGGAGUCAAGUCCUUACACUUGAGUUGCUAGUAGCCAAAUGUUACAUUAUUGCAUUCUGCAGAAAAAGAACCAAAAGCUUGAGUUUUGAGCAAAUAUGAUUGAGGAGUUCAAAUUCUGAAAUUACAUGCUUGAUAAAAAGCCAGAAUAGAAAUUUAAAAAUAUAUAUUUUUGGCUUUAGGUAAAGAAGUCACUAAUUGAACAAAAUUUAAUAUCAAAUGAGUAUAAAGUAAUAUUUCAACUUUAAAGUUCAUGACAGCCCAUUUCCUUUUCUUUCUUGUAAUAUUUUUCCACUUCAGUGCCAACACACCAACAAUUUCCGCUGAAAGAUUUUGUUCACUCAUGAAAAGUUUGCAUCAAAUUGAAUUCUGAAAUAUUUAAUAGGCACCAACCAGUCUUUGCUCUUAAAUUUGAAUUCCCAUCAUCUGCCAUUUGUGUUUGUGUUGUCUCCAGAGUGGGAGAGACUUAUAGCCCGUCCAACCUUGUAAAGGAAAAUAAGGACAUUAAACUUAAAGAUUCAUGUUUAACAAAAAAAAAACACUAUUAAAUUGUGAUGGAGUUAAAACUCAAGGUCCUUUUCUAAUGUAUUUUUCUGGAUCAUUGCCCUGUUGGAGUCCUGACAUACCUAGACAGGCACAUGUAGCAGUAUGGACAACUGAAAAUUGUGUGCAAACCAGUCAAGUAUGAAACUACACUGUUGCUAUCUGUGACACAUUCCUGUGUAGCUUCCACUACCAGUAUCUGAUGUUCUUGAAUUUAUCUUUUUCACUACAAGUCAAGUACCACUCCAGCACAGUUCUCCCCACCCCAAAUCUACUCCCUUUGCUUUUCCUGUAACUAAAGUUUGAGCUUUUCACCCCCAUCAUCUCCCUCUUUCAACUACAUUACUUUAUUUGGCCACAAUAGACCUUUUAGGAUCUUUCAAAAUCAGCGCUUUAGCAUCCUUUCACCAGUGAACGUCACUAUGUUCGUUCCCAGCUUCUUUUUCUAACAGCUUUGACUGGCCUUAUCUUCCAUCUCAAAAAGAUUCCAUACUUACCUGAUCCAAACCCCUCAGGUCUCUCUCUUGAUACUGUUAGAAGUUCAUCAUCCUCAUGUCCUCCCUUCCCUCUCACUGAUGUAGUACCUUUCAGAUAUGGUUACUGCAUAUUACAAUCUCAUACAUAUCACUGACAAUGUGACUCCUUCAACAUUUCUUCAUUUAUACAGCUAAGUCCCCAUCCAUGAUAUAUGCCUGUCCUCCAUUUAUUGUGUUCAUAUGCUCUCUGGUGAUACAGUUCCUAUACAGUCACUGCCAUAUCUUCCCCAUUUGCUCCUUAACCCGGUAGCAGCAACGGGCCAAUUUUGUGGCUUUACCGUGUACCAGCGACGGGCCAAAUUUUUGCCAUGAUAUAAACCCCCAAAAUAGAAGAUGCAUAAACUGAUCACAAAUGCAUUGAUAUAUGAAAUGGUUUGCGUGAGUGAUGAUUUUUUCUCAUUUAGAAACAUGAUCUCCGCAGCUACUGGGUUAAUCAGCCUUUUUGUACCAUGUUGAUUAUAAACAUUAUCAGUCAUUAGGUUAAAAUCUGAUAUUAAUUUGCAGUGAUAUCUUAAUUAAGUCUAGUUCUUAUGUUUUCAGUCAUUCAUACUUUUUAUUACCCUGCUUCUCUGUAAACUGGUGGUGCAUAUAUUGUUGUUAUCUUUUGGCAUUCUUGUGUCUAUCUUCCACUACCAGUAAUUGAGGUUUCCCUAAGCUACUCCUUUCACCAUCGCUAUAGUUCUUUCUCCUUUGCUUCUAUAACUGUCUUGAACUUGCUUUUCUCAGCUACAUUCGUAUCCCUUCCAUUUACUAUCUCUUAUCUCCAACACUCUGUCCCCUCUUGGAAACUUCUCACUUAGAUGGCCAUAGCAAAUAUUAUCAUUAUCGUUUAACGUCCAUUUAUUCCCUAUGGGGGGGUUGGACGAGAUCUGAACCUCCUCCACUGUUGCCGGUCCAUAGCCAUUUCUUCCGUGAUGUUCAGCCUCCUCAUAUCUUCCUCCACCACCUUUCUCCAUGUCUUCCUUGGCCUUUCUGGUGGUCUUCUGCCCUCUACCUCACAAAUACCUCUCCAAUUUUCCCCAUUCCAAUACAUUUAAUCCCUUCCCUGUCAACACUCCAUUACUUGUUCACUCUUUUGAUCCAUUUCACUGGUGGUCUCCAUUUUUUAUUAUAUACUCUCUCCUUCAGUCCUGUCAUCAUACACUCUCAUCACAAAGUCAUCCUCAUUCAUUCCUUUCUCAUGUCCAGACUGUCUUGGGGCACAGCACUUCACCCAUUCAACCACUCCACAAUCCACUCCCUUUACUAUUAAACAAACAUUAACUCUCAUAUGCAUCUUCAUUGCUUUCUUCAUCACAUCUUAGCACACCUCACUGUACCUCUUUUGUAGUUAAUUUCCAAUUUUUGUAAAUGUGAUUACUGUGCUACAUUCCAGAUCCAUGUCUCUGAUGCAUAAUAUUAUGACAAGAGUUGGGAGGAUAAUACUAUUCCUAAUACCUUUUUUUUAGCUACACGCUCACAUUUCAUCUUUUCAAAAUUUCUCUACUGCAUCUAUUACCUGUCUGCCCUUCACUGCUCUAUCCUAUAUCUCCCCCUCCAUGUUACAAACUGUCUAUAAGUAUUUAAAUGCAAUCACCCCACCUCUUCCCCCCAACCAGAUCUACACUGCCAUACUCUAUGCUGUCUAUGAAUUUCCAAAUCCCUUGCCAUGUCAUAAACUUAAUUCUUGCCUAAAUUUACUUUAGACUUGUUUUACACACCUUGUCAAAUGCAUCCACAUUUCUCUAUUCCUACUCUUGCUCUUCCCAGUAGUUCCUUCCUUCUACAGAUCUGCAUGUAAUCUGUCACAAAAAGAUCUUUGCACUGACAAGAUCAUCAUUAUUGCUUUGGCUUCUGACAUCUUGCAUCCUUCACUCUUAAACAUUUCUAGCAAUUAAGCUUGGAGCAUUCAUACACCAAUUUAGUUUCCCAAACUAAGUCCAUCUUUGCUGGACUAAAGUCACCACUCUCAGGCUGCAGGUGGAACCUGUUCAAAUUCUACACCUUUCCAGACCCCCAAAUGGGUAUGAUGUUUAAACUGCAAAGAGUGUGUGUAAUGGAGGCAGUUACUCACCCAUGGUUAGAUUAUGUGCUAGACUCAUGAUUGCCACCCAGUUGCAAUCAUGAUCCAAGUGAUCCAAUCUAUGGGUAUGACUGGAACCUCACAUAACCCCAUCUCCCAUGCUCAGGGGGGCAGUAACUUAUAUCAGCAUUAAACUUUUCGGCCUGAGCAAGGCACGUACCUCAGCCUAGCAGGUGACAUCCUAGUAUAUCACCGUGCUUGUUGUGUCUGUGUGUGUGUGUGAAAGAGCAUGGGUGAAUACUUAACAGUGUUCAUGUAGUAACGGUAUGCCAUUUAAUUUCCAAGAGUUUUUGCAACAUUUUUUAGAUAUAGCUGUUUUAUGACAGUUAGGAUGAAAUAUAUAUUGUUACUGAAUGUGAAUUAGAUAGAAUUUGCAUUCAGUUAUGAAUAAGGACAGUAUUAUAUGAGUAGCCAGGCUUUCCUUAUAGCAGCAAAAGAUUAAAACAAGUCGCAACUUAGCUAGAGAAAGGCCAGAAUGGACAAUUGCCAGAUUUUCAAGUUUUUUGUCUAAUUUUGCUAGUCCACCCUACCUCGACCUACAGUCUAGUCUCUUCCCUCAGAGGGCCUCAGGCCAGAAGAGUGUGGCAAACAUUCUUAUGGUGUAUGGCACCUGUGUGUGAAUGGUAUACUGUGAUCAUGAUGUUGUAGGAGUUAUUUGUGAACCCAAGGUCUUUAUUGUGGGCUCCAAUAAUAAAUAGGAUGUGUUUUUUCUGAGGUCUUUGAUUGCAAGAUUGAGGUCAAAUUUUCUGUAUAUAACUCUGAAUUAGUAAAUAUGUCUACACACCAGUGACAAAGUGUUCAUAGAUCAUGUAAUGGUCAGAUAGGUAGUGUCAUAUAUAUGCUGUUCCACUCAAGAUUUUGUGAUUGAUUGAAAAUAAUCCUAGGAUAGCAUUGUAAUGUUCAAAUGAUUUUAAAUAUGUACUUACAAACCAAAGACUUUUGUAAUGUGCUUGUUUCAUGAUGUGCUUUUACCCAUUUCCUAUAGAAAUGAAAAUUUUAAUCUCUUGAGACUCCAGUAGGUUUACAUCUACUGCAGAGCUGUAGUUUGAAUAUAUUUCUUUUUUAGUUA